GCAGACAGCAGCCACGUCACCCAGCCUGCACUGGGACAGCUAAGCAGGCUCAGACUGGGAGGGACAUUCUGGGGGACAAUCCCCUACUUUGCACUGGCACACAGGAGGAAAAGGGCCGUAGGCAGAUCAUAGAGUAGGUAGAUAUUGUGUCUGAUAGAACAGAGAUUAAAUAUACCAGGAGGAGUGAGGGGACCAGUUCAUUCUGGAGGUAAGAAUAUCACUGGAGAAAGUUUUUAUACUAGGAAAGAGAGAGUUAAUUCGUCUGCCAGGAGACAGGAACAGGGGACUCCAUACCCACAGAGAAAGAAAGUUUAAUUGGGAGAGAGAGUUUAACUGAUCCGGGACAGGAAAGGGAAAAGAUUCACUGCAGAGUUUUACCAGGUAACAGAGAGAAUCUCUUGGGAGAAACCAAGAGAACUCCCCAAGCCUUCCCUCCUCUUCAAAACUGCACUGAUUAAUUUGCCUCGGGGAAGUUCUUGGAGCAAUGAAUAUAUUCCGGAUCCUGGGAGAUGUCUCCCAUUUGCUGGCUAUGAUCAUAUUACUGGUCAAAAUCUGGAGAUCCAAGUCCUGUGCUGGUAUCUCCGGGAAGAGCCAGAUCCUUUUCACUCUUGUCUUCACGACCCGCUAUCUUGACCUGUUCACCACCUUCAUCUCACUCUAUAACACCGUGAUGAAGGUCAUUUUCUUGGUGUGCGCCUACAUCACAGUGUAUAUGAUCUACGCGAAGUUCCAGAAAACAUUUGACAGAGAGCAUGACUCUUUCCGUCUGGAAUUCCUCUUGGUCCCCGUCACAGGCUUGUCAUUUCUGGAGAACCACAGCUUUACCCCCUUAGAGAUCCUCUGGACCUUCUCCAUCUACCUGGAAUCAGUGGCCAUCCUUCCUCAGCUCUUCAUGAUCAGUAAGACAGGGGAGGCAGAGACCAUCACGACCCACUACCUCUUCUUCCUGGGUCUCUAUCGUGCGCUCUACCUUGCCAACUGGAUCUGGCGCUACCACACAGAGAAUUUCUAUGACCAGAUUGCCGUGGUUUCUGGGGUGGUACAGACCAUCUUCUACUGUGAUUUCUUCUAUCUCUACGUCACUAAAGUCCUGAAGGGAAAGAAGCUAAGUCUCCCAAUGCCCGUCUGAAAACAGCACCACACAAGAAGUUCCUGCAGAUGCAGUUACAGGAUCACAGCUUUCUUCUUCUGCCCCACAUUGACAAAAAUGGCUCAGCUAAGAAUCUCAACUCAGCACCAGUAAUACAGUGUGGCUUGGAUGGCUGAUAAGCUCUUGAUCUGCGUAGGGCUUUUCCUUAAAUGUGUGCUAGUGUUUUUGCUUAAGUGAAUUUUGUACUGGUGAAUGGUUCUGGCUAGUGACUGAAGUCCUCUAUUCUCAUAGAAGAUACAGAAGUGCAAGCUUUAUUCUCUCUUUUCCUCCCCCCACCCAGUUCCAAAAUCUGCCUUAAACCUGACCCUAAGGGAUCACCUCAAGGAGUGAAAAGUUUGGUUUCCACAGCCUAUUUUUUAGUCUUUCAAAGACUGCCAGCUGUAAAACUGUUGCUCAGUUCUUAGCAAACAGGUACCCAAAACACCAAAAACCACCGGUCGAUUUCAUAAGUGGCAGACAGACCACUUACAAUUACUGUCAUUUGUUUGCAGUGGUCUUGCAGCCAUGUGAUUACUGCCACUUAAGCCAAUAUGAACUGGUAAUCAAAGAGGUGCAAUUCCCCAUAUCCCAGUCUAUCCAGGCCCUGUAAUAUUUUUAAGGGAACAUCUUUCCAUUAAAAUGGCAAGGAUUAUAUCUGAAGACCUUUCGAUAUUGUAAAUAUUCAAACAUUCUGCUCUACUCAACUCCUUUCUACCAGUCCCUGAUGUUCUACUGAUAGCAUUUUUAUUAAAAUAUAUUUGGUUGCUGACAG